UAUUCUUGUACAGCUCAUUUGGUUCCUGCAGUAAUUUUACCCUGCAGCCCCACAAGAAAAAAAAACUUAUCUUGUGGGAGGACUGGGAAAUUGUACUGAUCCCGUCUAGUACUCAGGCAUUGAUUCAACUGAUUUUGGUACUCCAAUCCAUCUCCAACAAAUGCAACCGUAUCUCUUUCUUGACUCCACCUCUGUUUCUUGCUUUAUCUCCAUGUGCAAGUUUAUUACUGCCCUGAGGCCCUGACCAUGUAAUGUCCAUAUUUCACAUGGUUAAGCUUCAGUCGACAUUAUUAUAACUAAAUGGUGCAAAGUUGGCUGAGAGGAUGUGAUGAUCUUGAUAUGAAAAAUCAUCUAAGAAAAGGGCUAGCUCACUUUGCUACGCUUUUGUUAAAACACACACACAUGCGUUGGUAUGCUGAUGUACCUAACUCUGUUGCCUUCUUGUUUUGUUGUCAAUCAGAAAUAAGUCUGCAAAUAUACUGUGCAGCAACUGAGAAUCUACUUCAACUUUAGUGGACAACAAGCUUAGCCAUUGAUUUGAUAACACCAAACUGUAGUAAUUGUAACUCUAGUACUCUACUUUGCUCUGUCCUUUCAUCAUCUUUAAAAAAUUACAGUUUCCGGUAGUUCCCAAAUAAUAUUACCUUUUCUUGCCUCAUGCAUCAAGCAUGCAAACACCGAAGAUACAGAGAAGAGUGCACCCUAUUUAUCUGACCCUUUUGUUUCUCAUCUUGCUAGCAUCAGUUACAAUGGUGAAGAGCAAAUCCUCGUGGAGCCAGGUUGUGAAAAGCACCAGGCCAACAAACCUGUCCAUUUCCGAAAGACACCUCCAAGCACAAGAUGUUGGAGCUGUGAUAUUUGGUUGCACAAACAAUACAAUUGCAGAGUGUCACUCACGGCAACUUUUCGGCCUGCCAAGAGCACAUAUCUCCUAUGUACGAAACAUUAAGGAAGGACUACCCCUCUUCCUAUUCAAUUAUGAUGAUCGCAAAUUGUAUGGUAUCUAUGAAGCUGCAGGCAAUGGUAAGUUCUGUCCUGAAUCAAAUGCAUGGUCAAAUGAUGGCCACGGAAAGACAAGCUAUCCUGCCCAGGUUGCAAUGCGGGUAAGAGUGUGGUGUUUCCCUCUAGCAGAGAAUCAGUUCAGAAAUGCUAUUGUAGCCAACUACUAUCAGAACACGCCCAGUGUCCCUGGCCAGAAGCUUCAUUAUUUCCAGUUUGAAUUGGAUCAUGCUCAAACACGUGUUUUGAUGGAUAUGUUUACUCCAUCUCCUCCUCCCAACAAUUUCUGGAUGCCCCCUGUUGCAGCACCGGCUGAUGAGCAUGUGAGAGAACUAGUAUCAUCACCUGUAUGGGCACCAAAGCAUGAGGGGAAGGUCAAAUCAGAAAGGGUUGUGAAGUCAUAUGCAGAUAUGGUAAAGAAGAAUAAAUUUGAGGAAGUUGGGAAAGGAGAUGUGGAUGCGGAACAUGCAAGCUCAGGUGAUGAAUCUUCUAAUGGUUUUGAUGAUCUGGAUUGUGGGGACAAACCACCAGAGAGGGAGGGGUAUGAACUAUCAGAUCAGGCGGUUGAAAUGAAACAGCAACAACAUUCUGAUAAGCAGGGAAAAGUGCUUAGCUUCAACCGGGUGUUAGAAGGGCAUGCAGCUUUGCCUGCGCAGCAGUGGAAUCCUUAUCUGUAUGCCAAUGCUACUGAUACUGAAGACAAGGAUGCAUAUAGCUGUAAGUAUGCCCAAGAGGACAAAUGCGCAAUUCUGGAUGGACACUCUAAUUUUCCAGAAACCUUAGAUGCUGAAGUUAAUCAGCUCUCCCUGGGGCAUUCUAAUUUGCUGGUGCAAUUAUUAGGCUCUGAAUCAUGUGCAGAAGCCAAGCUGAUAGAUGUAGUUAAAGAGUUAUCUGGGCGCAUAGAGAUGAUGGAGAAGAAGCAGGCUUGGUCCAACAAAGAAGUCCAACACUUACAAGGGGUGAAUGAGAGGUUACUGAAAAGAAUUGUGGAACUAAAGGGCACAGUGAGGACACUGAAUUCAAAAAUAGACCCUUUAACCCUGGAUGAUUCACUUAACCAGUUUGUUGAACAAUGUUUGGGCUCAGAAGAUGUCAUUUAUCUAGUUGGUGGUUUUGAUGGCUUCUCAUUUUUGCCAUCACUAGACUCCUUUUCCCCUUCACUGGACAUACUAACACCUCUCAAAUCAAUGGCUGUUGGGAAGUCAUAUGCCUCUACUGUUGCAUUAAAUGGCAAGAUAUUUGUUCUUGGUGGUGGUGAUGGUUCUUGCUGGUUUGAUACAGUUGACUGUUAUGACCGAAGCCGUGAUGACUGGAUCACGUGCCCAUCAUUGACUCGUGAGAAGGGGAGCCUUGCUGGGGUUAGUGUUAAUGGGAGGAUCUAUGCAUUCGGUGGUGGAGAUGGAAGUCAAUGUUUCUCUGACGUUGAAAUAUUUGAUCCUACUCACGGAAAGUGGAUAAAGAAUCAACCUAUGCUGGAAAAGCGUUUUGCUCUAGCUGGUGUAGCACUCAAUGGUGCGAUUUAUGCAGUUGGUGGCUUCAACGGUGUUCAGUAUCUGAGCUCUGCAGAGAGGCUUGAUCCUCGGGAGCCUAACUGGAAAAUGCUCCCAAUGAUGAGUGCAGGAAGGGGCUGUCAUACACUUGCAGUGCUUAACGAGAAGAUAUUCUCAAUUGGUGGUUAUGAUACUGGGGCUAAAGCAAUGGUAGCUACCGUCGAGGUGUACGAGCCAAGGAUGCCUUCAUGGGUGAUGGUUGAACCCAUGAACUGCACCAGAGGAUACCAUUCUUCAGCUGUGCUUGGUGGGUCGAUAUUCACAUUUGGCGGGGUGAAAGCUGAAGCAGAUACAAUCUUGGAUGUGGUGGAGCGGUACAAGGAAGGUUGUGGGUGGGUGACAACUGGUCUGAAGUCAAUUGGCAGGAGAUGCUACUGCUCCGCCAUUGUUCUCUGAUGACUGUGCAUGUAGAACAAUACUGACAUGGUGAAUGAAUUGACGUAGCUUCUGACAAUCAAGUGAGCAGGAAACUGUUAAAGAAGUCUCUUCCUCCAGCUGAUCAAGUGUAAAACGUUGAGUUGUUUUGUGUGGUCUGGAUGGAUGAUUUGAAUCUAAGACUCGGACUAUCGAUUCCAUAUCUCAACACAAUUAUAGCAAAUCUUUUGAAUUUUAUACAUGCAUGACAA